AACAAAAUGACAGAACAACAAUAGGAGUGAAAGUAUUCAUGUUAAAAGUAUCAAAAAAUAAGUAAAGAAUUCAGAAGAAAAUGUCUGUCUGUGUGUUUUCAGCUAAUUUCGUGAACAAGUACUGCGAGUUGGAUCCGAUCGGCAAGGGAGGCUUCGGCUCAGUGCGCGCUGGCUUCCGUAAAGCAGACCAUCAACCAGUUGCCAUCAAGCACAUUCCCAUCAGGGCUGUGAGAUUAGAAAAAGUUAAAUGCAAUGGGAAGGUGUUCGACAUCGUUCUGGAGGUGGCACUCAUGCUGAAAGCCACAGGUCUACCAGGAUCCAUUGGACAAUCCACUGCUGUGUCUCUUCUGGACUGGUAUGAUCUGGGCCACGAGAUAAUACUGGUCAUGGAAAGACCGGAGAACUGCAUGGACCUCCUCAGCUACCUAAAAUCUCGUGGAGGAUACCUGGAUGAACAUGAGGCAAAGAUGAUCCUGAGACAGCUGGUGGACGCAGCCAUCGACAUGCACUCAAAGGGUGUCUUUCACCGGGACAUCAAGUUACAAAACGUCCUGGUGCAGUUGAACGGUGGAGAACCCAAAGUGCGUAUCAUCGACUUCGGCUGUGGCAGCUUCUCCACUGAGGCGUCUUUCACUACUUUUUGUGGUACCCGUGCAUACUUCCCUCCCGAGUGGUUUGACUGUGAGAAAUACAGGGCCUGUCCCACCACUGUUUGGCAGCUUGGAGCGCUAUUUUAUACAUUGCUGUGUGGACAUAGGACCUUUAGCACCAUGAGCUUCAUGAGCAAACACGUUCAGUUCGACAGAGCACUGUCCAAUGAGGUCAAGAUCUUGGUGUAUAUGUGUCUGACCAGAGACCCUGAGUUGCGAGCCACUCUGAAGGAGCUACAGAUGCGCUCUGCGCUCAACUAAGUAUCCGCAUAGUCUCACUGCAGGACACACAGCAGUGUUGAUUAUGACAUGUCAUGACGUAGUCCUGUAAUGUCCAUUGUUUGCUCUGAAUUCUGUUACCUCUCUGUCUCUUCCAGCUGCAGGACAAACCUUGGAGCCCACCUCACAACUGUCAGCUGUGUGCCCUGCUGGAUCCUCCCACCCACAUGAAGAAACCUGGACAGAAAGAAAAGGACAACACAAAUGAAAAUAUUCAUUUCUACAAUACGGAUACUGGAAUUUUCCCCAUCUCGAUGUCCUGUGUAAGGCCCAGCCGUCUGUGUAGAGGGGAUCUCUCUUUGAAUUGCCUCUUCCGAGGUUUCUUCCCAAUUUCCAUACCUGCUGAGGAUUUUGGGGAGUUGUUCCUCGUCUUCUCAGAGAGCUUGGGCUGGGUCAGGAACCAGUGGUGUUGUUGGACUGAAAACACCAGAGGUGGGACUAAAUCACGUCUUGGAAGUCACAAGAAAGAAUGUCUCAAGUUAUUGCACUCAUGUCCCAGGUCAAGAAAGCCAAGUCAAGUCAACUUUGAUUUUACGGUACUGAAAAACUCGUAAUGGACUGUUCAAUUUGUCAUGUGCAACCUCAACUGUCAAAUAAAGUAAGAAGCUUCUCCAUCACUGAUUGUAAUUUUUGAAGAGCACUAUUUUCACUGCAGUCUAAAAUCAUCACAUUUGUGACCUGAGUCUGACUCAGUUUCAAGUUAUGUGACCUGAGGGCACAUCUCUGAAGAACACUGUAUCUGAUGUUGUACUGUACUGCAAAUAAAUGAAUCAUCAUUUGACCUGCUGCAAUGGUCUGAAUUUUCCCCAAAAUAUUCAGGUAAAACAUCAGUGCUUUAAGGUGAUGAAUGGUAUACAGAUGACUCAUUUGUGGGAUGCUUACAUUUACAUGUAGGACUUGCAAAAUACAAAG